AUGGCGUCCCGACGGCGCGGAGGGGCACACGCGUGCGGGCCGGGAACGGGGGCCCUACGACACGCGCUCGGCGCGGCACUGGAUCCUGUCGCACCUGCGCCGGUAUCCGCUGCUGACCACGGGCGCCGUGGUGCUGCACAGCGGCGCUUGGUGGGCGUACGGACUGGCGCCGAUCCUGGUCGGGCGGGUCGCCGCGCAGAUCAUCGAGCCGUCGUCGGCGGCAGCGCCGGCGGCGGGCCUGCUGGCGGGGCGGCGUGUCUGUGGCUGCUGGUGGUGCUGAUUGGCGACGCCUGCCUGUCCAUGGCGGCCAACGCCUGCACGCUGACCCUCGCCCACCGCAUCGAGCGGGAUGCGCGCGACGAGCUCUAUCGCAACCUGCUCGGCAAGAGCCAGACCUACCACGACCGGCAGCGGAUCGGCGAUCUGGUCGCCCGCGCCACCGACGACUCGCGGAUGCUGUCGAUGAUGGUCCAUCCGGGCAUCCUCUUCGUGAGCGACAUGGUGAUGGGCUUCAUCACGCCGAUUGUCUACAUCCUGCUGCUGGACGCCGAGCUGCUCGUGGUGCCGGUGCUGUACGCGAUCUCCUUCGCGAUCACCCUGCGGGCGUUCGUCCGCCGGCUGGGGCCGGUGCUGUUCGAGCAGCGCCGGGCGCAGGGGGAGCUGACCGCGACGCUGGAGGAGGCGCUCAGCGGCAUCGAGGUGGUCAAGGUGUCGGUGCGGGAGGCGUUCGAAUGCGGCCGCUUCGCGCGCACGGUGAGCGGCUUCAAGGAGCUGUUCGUACGGUCCAACCGGAUCGAGGGCUUCUACAUCCCGAUGCUGAUCUACGGCGCGCUGGCCGGGAUGGCGCUGCUGCACGGCGUGCUGGCGCUGCAGCGCGGCGUGAUCGCGCUGGACGGCCUGAUCGCCUUCGUCGGGCUGAUGCACGCGCUGCGCAUCCCCACGUUCAUCUCCGCGUUCUCCUUCUCCCUGCUGCAGGGCGGCAUCGCCGGCGCCCGGCGCAUCCUGGCCGUGCUGAAGGGGGCCGCCGGCAUCGACGAGAACCGCGGCGGCGUCAGCGCCCCGAUCGCGGGCUCGAUCUCCUUCCACGGAGUCGACUUCGGCUACGAGGGAGCCGGCCCGGCGCUCACCGGCCUUGAAGUCGGCAUCGCCGCCGGGGAGACGGUGGCCAUCGUCGGGCAGACCGGCUCCGGCAAGAGCUCGCUGACGCGGCUGGUCAACCGCACGUACGACCCCACGCACGGCAGCGUGCGCGUCGACGGGGUCGAUCUGCGCGCCUGGAACCUCACCAGCCUGCGGUCGCAGAUCGCCAGCGUGGAGCAGACGUGUUCCUCGCGGGCGCACCACGCUGAUCGUCACCCACCGGCUUCGCAGAUCCGCUGGGCCGACCGCAUCCUGGUGCUGGACGGCGGGCGGCUGGUCGCCAACGGCGGGCACGCGGAGCUGCUGGCCGGCUCCCCGCACUACCGGCGCAUCUUCAGCCGCUACGACAUCGACCUGCCGCCGUUGGUCCUGCAGCCGAACGGCGUUCCGGAGACCGCCUGA